ACGUUCUGAACAUGGUUCUCAAGGCAAUUGUUUGCGUCCUUCUCGCGAGUCAAGUAUUUAGUAUUGACGUCAUAGACUAUGUGCCCGUCGGAUGUUACAACGACAUACGCUCAGAUAGGGCCUUGCCUACAAUGCUCGCAAACUAUCGCGUGGAAAAUGCAAAAUGGCCAGAUAUCUUGGACUGGAGUGAUUUGGAAAACUCUGUCAUAAAAAGAUGCGCCACUAAGGCUAAAGAAAGGGGCUUUUCAUUUUUCGGAGUCCAAUUCUAUGGAGAGUGUUGGAGUGGAUCAGCAGGUCAAAGUACCUAUACUAAACACGGUUUAUCAAAGAGAUGCACCACGACAGCUCCAUAUGUGGGAAAAGCUAACGCUAACUUGGUGUACAUGCUUACUGAAGAAAAUGAAUGUAAAACCUACAACAUUCUUGACGACGCCUCCCGAUCUCAGUUUCAUGUAACUUACUUUGAACACCCGAUUAGAUGCGACGAUGGAAAGUUGGAUGAAAACCGCUGGUAUAGAUUUACUGGCCAAUCAGGAACUGCAAUGGCAGACAAAUGUGUCCCAUCCAGCAGGUGUCAGACUCUUGGUACAGGAUGGUAUUGGUUUGAAAGGCAGAUAAAGGGUCAAACCUUAACAAAGCUUUGUUGCAACCCAACAGCAAUGAUCACUCCUCGGUUUCUUUUGUUGCAGGUAUUUCUUAGUUGUUUAACAGCGGCUAAAGACAAUGAGAAAAUUGAUUUACUCCAAGAUGACGAAGACUUUCAUUAUGAACAAAUUGGUUGCUUUGCGGACAAAUUAAACGUACCCAGGCCAUUACCACUUCUAGUCAAGAACUAUCGCUCCCGACCGUAUCAAAUCGAUUGGAAUAACAUAAAUAACACGAUACGAGCCUGUGCCAAAGAAGUAAAGAAGGCCGGUUAUGUAUACUUUGGUCUUCAGUUCUACGGCGAAUGCUGGAGUGGACCACUGGCACACUUGACUUAUGACGAAGAUGGAGAGUCGACGCGAUGUGAAAAUGGUGUAGGAAAGCGAAGGGCUAAUUUCGUGUACCGGCUCGUUUCAAAAGAAUGUAAAGAAUACCGCGUUCUCCAAGCACCUGACCGGUCGAUUCAUCACUCUUAUACUCCUUCGGCCCCGUGCGAUAUCGGUCUCAAGCCCUCGUGGUACCGAUUUCAAGGCCGUGCGGGCACGGCUAUCGCCAACAGUUGCCCUAGUAGGUUCAAAUGCGGGACCAUCGUACCUGGAUGGCUUAACGGGCCACUUCCUUCCGUUCAAGAUGGAAUUGUGUCUAGACAAAUUUGCUUUCAUCAAGACAGAAACUGCUGCUUCACGAAGACCCAAGCUAGAGUUCGUAAUUGCGCAGGAUUUUACGUCUUCUAUCUUACAUCAACGCCAUAUUGUCAAUUGAGAUACUGUGGCAAUGGAAAAAUAGGUUGAAGUUCCAGGUAGUUUGCAUGGGACUCCAUAGGAUGUGAUACGCAAGGAAGUAAAAUUGUUGGCUUCGAAUUUUUGUUUCGGUUUUUAUUUUUUUUUUUCCAAUCAUUUAUUUAUUGAUUUUGAUCAAUUUCAGAAAACACAAUAAAGUUGCAGUUGAAUAGA